UCCUGGCUGCUGCUCACUCCAGCAACCCUUUCAAACGCUUCUCAACGCUCUUCGUCAUGCUUCGCAUCGUAUCUCGCUUCAACCAGCCCGCACGUCGCGUCGUGCAGACCUCUGGCAAGUCUCUCGCAGGCGCGCACAACAUGCAAUGCCGUUGUGGCAACUGCGUGCAGCAUCCGACCGGUUGCACGUGCCCACGCUGCCAGUCGCGCUCAUUCUCGGUCAAGUCGCAGUCGCACUACGAUAUCCCCAAGACGCAGACCGCUGUGGUGUUCGAGAACAACAACGCUCCACUGCAGGUUCGUAAGGACUGGCCUGUGACGCAGCAGAAGGACCUGAAGCCCGGUGAGGUGCUCGUCCGUCUCGCUUACAGCGGCGUGUGCCACACUGACCUGCACGUCUGGCUUGGCGACUGGCCUCUGGACAACAAGCUGCCUCUGGUCGGAGGCCACGAAGGUGCUGGUUACGUUGCUGCCAUUGGCGACCACAGCUACACCCACCUGAAGAUCGGUGACCCCGUCGGUGUCAAGUGGUUGGCCAACUCGUGUCUCGGUUGCGAGGACUGCCGUAAGGGCCACGAGUCCACGUGCGUUGACGCUGAUCUGCACGGCUUCACCGUGGACGGCUCGUUCCAGCAAUGGUGCGUGUCAUUCGCUGACCACGUCACUCCGAUUCCUACGGACCUGCCGAUGCACGCCGCCGCUCCGAUCCUGUGCGCCGGUGUGACUGUGUACAAAGCCCUCAAGGAGAUCGGAGGACAGUGCGGCGACUUCGUCGUCAUCCCGGGUGCCGGCGGCGGUCUGGGCCACCUUGCCUGCCAGUACGCUCGUGCCAUGGGCUACCGCGUGAUCGCUAUCGACUCUGGUGACGACAAGCGCAAGCUUGUAGCUUCGUACGGCAUCAAGGAUUUCAUUGACUUUAAGGAGGGCAAUGUGAAGGACAAGGUCUUUGAGGCUACUGAGGGCCGUGGCGCCCACGCGACGGUCGUGGUAGCCUCUGGCGGCGAGGCAUACAAGGACGCACUUUCGUUCCUGCGCCCUCACGGUGCCGUUGUGCUGGUGGGUCUGCCCAAGGACACGUACAUCACGGCUGAGGUCUUUGGCUCCGUGCUGAACGCUCACCGCAUCAUUGGCUCAUACGUUGGCAACCGUCAGGACUCGAUCGAGGCCCUGAAACUGGCCGCUGCCGGUGACGUGUCGACUACCUACACCAUCGAGAAGCUGGACAACCUACCGAGCGUGUUCAAGCGCAUGGCCGCUGGCAAGCUUGCUGGCCGAAUUGUGCUUGACUGCGAGUAGGUUCUAGUGCUCAGCAUCCUCGUGUUGUACAUUUUUCUAGCUGCAGGUAGUUAUGUUAAAGCAGACACCUGCUGGUGACGCUCAUAUAAAAACGUUUUUGCA